AGCAUCACCAUGUCCGGACGUGGCAAAGGAGGCAAGGCAAAGGGCAAGAGCAAGACCCGUUCCAGCCGUGCGGGUCUCCAGUUCCCCGUGGGCCGCAUCCACCGUCUCCUGCGCAAGGGAAACUACGCUGAGCGCGUCGGAGCGGGCGCUCCCGUCUACCUCGCGGCCGUCCUCGAGUACCUGGCUGCCGAAGUGCUCGAGCUCGCCGGCAACGCGGCUCGCGACAACAAGAAGACCAGGAUCAUCCCCCGCCACCUGCAGCUGGCCAUCCGCAACGACGAGGAGCUGAACAAGCUGCUCUCCGGCGUUACCAUCGCGCAGGGCGGCGUGUUGCCCAACAUCCAAGCCGUGCUUCUGCCCAAGAAGACCGAGAAGAAGGCGUAA